AUGAAUGGUGGAUUUCCUUUCGAUGACCUUCCAUUUCUUAUACGUCGGGAUGUCAUGUGAGUUAAUAUAUUGUUUUUGAGGCAAAACUAAACGUUUCAGAUUAAAAUACGGUUUCUAAUUUCUCUAUAUUUAAACAAUUUUUAAAAUUAAAAAGCUUGAAAUUAACGAAAUUUGUUAAUUACAAGAUGUUAAUGAGCUCGGUACUAGAGUUUAUUAAAAUUGAGGUUGAUUUUCUAAAAUACGAGAUGGUCUUAAUGCAAUAUUCUAUGUUAAUAUAGGUUUCUAAACAAAGAUAUUGCCAAAAAUCAUGCUUAAAUUGAACAAAAUAAAAAAAUUAUAAAAGGUCUUUAGGGACAUAACCACCACAAUUUUUUAGUGACAUAGCCACGAUAAACGACUCCUCAUUCUUGUUGAAUCUUCGUUUGGUCAAUAAAAAAUGGAACGUUUUGAUCCAAUCGGUACUACAACAUCGGAGCUGGUUGAUUCAAAGAAAACGGCUUGAUUUUGGGCUGUUAAAACAAAUGGUAACUAGACAGAAUGAUAUUUUUUAUGAAUUGAAUUUGAAAAAAAGUCUAAAUUUUUGAAAAGUUAUUAUUUUGUGGUCAAUAAUUACGGAGAAAAGAUAAAAUGUAGUGUAUAUUUCUAACAUUUACAUGGUUUUUUGGAGAAAAAUUGAAAGAAAAUUGUUGUUAACGUAAAUUUACUGACAUGUGUUGACAUAACGAACAGAAAAAUCUAAACGUAAUGCUAUUUCUUUUCUAGCCCACAUUACCAACAACAUCGGUAACCCUAAAAGGCUUAGCAACAUUAGUCAAAGACGAUGAUGAUUACUACGAUUCAGACCAAGAUUCACCGUUUUCAUGGCGAAACAACCCAGAAUACAAUAUUUUACGGGAAUUUAUAGAACGACGGGACCUAGGCACGGACAAAAAUGCGUAUUUCCUACAUGGCACCAGUGGUAAUGGUACCACUUAUCUGAUGAACUGCAUAUCCAAGACCUAUCAAGAACAAUAUCACACGGUUUAUGUGCAUGGGAAGUCGUACACGGUCAAACCGAACAAAUUGAGAUUACUGAAUGCUUUCAAAGAGGCACUGUAGGUUAUGGCAAUAUUAUGAUACUUUUGGGGAGGAAGGGCAGAGGUAGUAGGUACGAAGGAGAGUGGAGUGAAAUAGGGAAGACUAGGGUUAGUAAUAAGGGAUGAGGGUGGGUGAGGAAGGACGGUAUUAGUAAGGAGGGCGGGGGUGAAAGAAGGAGUAGAAGUAAGAGAGGAGGAUGAGAUGAGACAGGGCAGUAACAGUAAGAAACGAGGGUGGGGUGAGAGAAAUGUGUUGGUCUUCAAAAUCGGUUAGGGAUCAAUGAAAACGAUUUUUUAUGAAGGGGGAGGGUUUUGUAAUUUUUUUAGAAGUUUUACUUUUUAUAAAAUUUUAUAUAAAUAAUAGAAAUGAAAAUUUUAGAAGCAACACGCCUUGCCUAUUAAUUAUCGACGAUGCUGAUAAGUUGGUCUUCGAAUAUCGCUCAAAUUAUGGUACGCUUUUUAACACUUUUGGCAUUUUAAAAUUAAAUUUUGUUAUAAAACAACAAUCAUUAACCUUGAUAAAGUAAAAAUACAAUGCCUAAUGUUUUGUAGUUUUAAUUAUUUAAUGCGUAAAUUACAGUGGACGAAUGGUACGAACAAAAAGGAAAGUUCCAAGACUUGAUGGAGUCAGUUCGAAAUGUCACUGGACUAAAAAUCAUCUUAACUUCGAAUGAAUGCACGCUUUACAAAACUGAAUUUAAUAGUAGGUGUAGAAAGGUUAUUUUGCAAAAUUUCAAGUUAAAAUACGUACUGAAUUUCUUAAAGUAUAAAUUUGGAACGGUAAAAGAGUAUAAUGGGACUUCUGUAUAACGAACCGCUUAGGGAUUUGAAUUUUUUUAUACAUGGGUUUUACUGUAUAUUGUUUUAGAUGCAAUAGCGAUUGUUUAGAAAAAAGAUUAAAGUUAGGGCCAAAAAAAACGUCUACCCCGCCCAAACAAGCCUUUACAAUGAAGUAUUUUCUAUACGUAUUUUACUUUUCAGAAUUCCUCUACAACAUCCAACAUAUUCCCUACAUUGCUCAAAAGGAACGACUGUACAUAUUGCGAAAGUUCACAGCUGAUCUUAACUUUGAUCCGGAGAUAAGAGCCGCCAGUUUGGUCAGAAGUCUGAAUGGACAUGUGGUAAAAGCUGUACAUUGUGUGUGUCGACGAGCAGCUAGUCUAGCCAUUUUAAAAGGAGCAAGCACGAUUACUAGGGAGGAUUUUAGCAAGGCUAUACAAUAUGUAAGUAUUGAUGUAUAUUGUUAUAUCUGAUGUUUGGGUAGGAAAUGGACUGUGGAUCAUGGCGUUUUUAGUUUUGUAGAUUGUUUGGGCUAUUACUCAUAAGUUAUAGUUAAAAUUUUGUGGUUCUGUGAACUUUUGGACCGGAAGAUUACAAAAGUAUUAUAGAUAAUCGAGCCGAUAGAAAAAAUUUUGAAAACAGUUACGAAAGAUAAAUAAAAUUGUAUUUUAGGUAGUGUUUCGACAAGGAGUGCGACCUUUUGUGAUACGACCGUGUUUAAACGUCUCAGCACUUCAAAACCCUCUAGUCCAAAGAAAUUAUCAAAUGUGUACUAAAGUCGACUCAACCUAA